UCAAAUGACAGCUUCCCGGAGUACGGCUAAAAAAAACUAAGCAAACAAGUCUCAAACUCAAAGGUUGUUACAAUAGAGAUAAGUAUAUUAUGUUUUAUUUUUUACUAGCGACCCGCCACGGCUUCGCACGGGUUAAUAAAUUAUACACCUAAACCUUUCUCAAGAAUCACUCUAUUGAUAGGUGAAAACCGCAUGAAAAUCGUAGUUUUUGAGUUUAUGAUAAUCGCGAACAUACAAACAGACAGACGCGGCUGAGGACUUUGUUUUAUAAGGUGUAGUGAUCGUGCUGAGUCGUGCACAUGAGUGUAUGUGUAAUAUUAAUAUUAUUUUUAAACUUGUCAUUCAUAACUUGUGAAAAUGAAUCUCACAGUUAGAUUAAGAUAAACACAUGACAAUAGAAAUUAUAUAUUAUUGACUUCAUAUCUACACUUAAAUGUUUAAACUUUAAGUUAAAUCCACAAUAUAAGAUCAACGAUUAUCUAUAUUUCUGUGCAGUAUUUGACUGUAAAUCGUUCAGUCGUUUGUUAUAAAUUAUAAUUAUAUUUAUUUAAUAUGUAACAUAAUUUAUUUUAAGUAGGCAUAUAAAUUAAGCUUUAAUGUAGGUUUUUUAUGAAAUCAGGAUUUUUGUUUAUGCACUCGGUGAUAAUAAAGUUUAUAUUAUAAUUAAUGCCGUAUUUUGAUUUAUAAAUAUCUUUUUAUUGUUGCAUAAUCUUAUCUUCUCACAUACCGAUCAAUGUGUUGUUCAAAACUGAUUUCCUCGUUUUACCUAAUCGUAAUCAAAAUAGUUUUAUAUAAUACAGUACUAAAUAAUUAAUCAUCAGGCUUUCUGUUAGUAUGUAUGUUAGAUUGUAUUCCAUUGUUAAGGCAUACAAACGUAUACUUGCCUAUCAAUUUGUCUUAUAAAACGUGUAAGCUUAAAAUUAAAUUAAUAAUUAAAUUUUGUGACCAGAUUCUAUGAUUAAAUAGAUUUUUUGUCGAUCCAGUUUUUGGAAUUUUUCAAAAUGCGAAAAUUGGCAUAAAGGACUUAAGCACCAAUAGCAUCUAUGGCGCUUAAGACUUUUGUGAGUUCACUGUUAUAACGAACUCAACGAACUAAGUAUUUUUCACUUUUCCAUUUCCUAAGCUUACAGCUCAUAGUGCCACUAGUAUAAAAAUGUCCAAAAUACAAGCAAAGUUGCCGGAAACAUACAUUACCUUAUAGUUAGUGAUCGCCGCUAUCUCCCGAUAUGGUGAUAAGCUUAGAUAAACUCAAUUCAUCGACGCAAGUCCAUGGAAACGAAUGUGUUUUGAUCGGUGACAGUUCUCAUGUGUAGUAUAGAAUUAGAUCCUAUCCACGCUAGAUAAUAUCUAGUGUGAAAUAGGAAUCAGAUUGUUACUAGUGAAGGGGGGAGUGUUAAAUUAGGUUAUAAUGGCAGCCACUUCUGGACACCUGCAAUUUAAGCUAUGGCACCUACUCAGCACGUACAUCCUGACGACACCGUUCUUCGGCCUGUGUCUCCAGGGCACCUUGCUGAUCCUCGUGCUUCUGGACACCAAUGUCACGCUGUUGCUCAAAAGAGAAGCUGCCUUAGGCCAUGUGCCGGAGAAUACUCAUGACUGGGUGACCAUCGGUGCAGGCUUAGUAGAGUUUGGUCUAGGCGCGCUCAUCGCGUGGUGGGGCCAAGCCAGGAAGAACUUUGCCUUGUCUUUUUGGCUAACAGCGGUCGCUGCUUCCGGCCUGCUUGUGCUAGCCUUUCCUUUUAAAGACACUCCUGACUCCACUGUGAAGCUAUGUGGCGGUGAGGAAAUAACAUCGUACUACAAAACCAUUGAAAGCCCCGAAGACGAUCCCUGGAUCCCUCGUGUCGCCAUGCUGUGUUUGACUGCCGCCUUCUGCGUCCUCGCGCGCCUGAGUCUGUUCGCGCAUGGCUUCGUUUAUGUGGACGAUCAUGAGCCUGAGCAUGGGGCGUAUCGUUAUGGAAUACUGAUCACAAUCCGCCUCUCCCUGGGCCUGAACGGCGUGAACUGGCUGACCCCUUCCUCCAUUCGAGACGAGUGGUGGCACGCGCAUCUGUCUCUCUGUAUGCUGACAAUCAUGUUCGCGAUACUGUUUACUCUGUUCCCGAGACGCAAGAUCCAUAAUAAGGGGGCUGACGGUGAAAUGGUCAGCAAAGAAUUUUUCUCAACACUGGGCCGCGUGCUUCGCAAUAAGAUAGUUGUGGUUCAGAGCAUCGCGCUCGCUUUCCUCUCCGCCGCUCUGUUCGGCUUCGUACGAUUUGAUGACGACAUUGUCGAGGCUCAAUUCCACAUUGAGACCAAACGACAGGAUCCGCGCGCUUCGCGACAAGUAACCAACAUUUUUCGAACUUUGGUCAUCCUCUUUUUUGUCAUGAUAUUCCGCACCCAUUUCUCGGGCCGCCGGAGCGACGGAGUGAAGGCGACGACGUCAGCGCGCGUCGGCGGUAUCGUGGCGAUAGCAACCGCUGUACCCUUAGUGGUGAUCAGCCUACUGGGCUGCAACAUUGGAGACAUAGCUGGGAGCAAUGCGGAGUACGGGUUGCCGGUGUGCAGUAUGCAAUGCGGGUGUUCAGCCGACAGUUACGGCUUCAGUCCAGUGUGCACGAUCAACACCACCACCACGUACUUCUCGCCGUGCCUCGCCGGCUGCCAAGAGGUUGAGAACCUCAACGGAUUUUUACUAUUCUCCGAGUGUUCGUGCGGUGGCGGGCGCGCCGCGCGCGGGGCGUGCUCUCUUUCCGACUGCGGAUCUGUCUUCAAUAUAUACCAGCUGCUGUUCGCGCUGGUACUGUCGAUGGCAGGAGCCGCCCUCCUAAUGCAGGGUAUGGUAAUCGUCCGCUCCGUGCUGCCUGAUGACAAAGCCGUAGCCCUGGGGACUUCGUUCGCGGUCACAGCUCUCCUGUCCCACAUACCUGGCUACAUGCUCUACAUGCUGAUCAGCCACUUAAGCUGCGCAUAUACAGCCAACGGAGGCUGCCUGUUCCACUUCCCGUCUCUCUGGUCCAUGACACUUCUGAGCGCGGGCUUCUCUGCUGUCUCCGGAGCGCUAAGUUUGAUGGCAAGUCGUUUGGCUCGAUCAAUAUCAUAGCGGAAAAUAAUUUUGUGGCUUAGGCCAAUUUGAACUUAUAUUUUGACAUCAAAAUGCUGUUAUCCUAAUUAUUCGCUCAUGCAUCUCGCUCGCGCCAAUUCCCUUCUCGACCAAUUUUAGGACAAUAGGUAUAAAAGUGGGGAAUCGUAGGUAAUUUUAACUAUAAAACUGCCGUGGGACUCAAACAUAUUAAAAAUAAAAUUUUAAUUUAGUUCCGGUUUUUUUGCUCAACUUUGUACCUAAACUAUAGUUCGUUUUUUUAGCAUUAGAAAGAACUUGAAAGAAGGUAAGCGAUCUUGACAUGUCUUUUAAUUGAAAAACGCUUUUUAAAAAUCAAUAACUAUUACUUAUGAAAGCAGAAGAAUAUAAAUGAUCGUAUUAGAUUCAUAAUUGUAACAUAUUUGCCGUAACUUAUUUUUAAAAUGUGUUUUUCAAUUAAAAGACACAUCAAGAUUGUUUACCUUAUUUCUAAUGCUAAAAAAAACGAACUAUACGUGAAUGUCUAUU